UAAAGUAUGCCUUUGUUUGGGAAGCUAUGUAGUGGAGGAGAGAAUAAGGCGAGAAAGAUGGCCUGCCCCUGCCAACUAAAGGAGAUGGAGAAACUCCCCGAGAGAGAGGAGAUGCUGAUGAAGAAGAAAGACUUUCUGAUGACAAAGAUCGACCAGGAGCUUCAGGUGGCCAAGAAAAACAGCAUCAGGAACAGAAGAGUGGCUCUGCAGGCGCUGAGAAGAAAGAAGUGCCAUGAGAAACACAUCAAGUACAUUGACUGUGCUCUUAAGGCCAUGAGGUCCGCUCAUGAAAAUAUAGAUAUUCUCAACGAGAUGAAUGACCUGAUCAAGGACAUUCCAGAGGAGCACGAUCCCACUCUAGACAUGUCAGACACCCUCCACACAUCUGGGAGCCUUGGAGUGGAAUUUGAUGAGGAUGAGCUGCUGGCAGAGCUGGAGAGGCUGGUGAAGAAUCUGGAUCCUAGCCUCUUUGAGAAGGACAAAACGAAAGAGAGAGUCCCUUUUUUCAAAGUGUUGUCCCUUACAUCACCGUCCCAACCUGCCAAGAUGGACGAAGAUGAGAUUGAAGAUGAUUUAGAGUAUCUGCGGCGCUGGGCAAAUUAACUCCCUCAUAGACACACCAUCAGCCACAACACACAGGCAUUACAAACAAAAGAGGAAAGGAUGGAAUAAAUAAGCAGAAAUUAUA